UAUCUAUCUAUAUAAUCUCAAGUUCUAGAUUCUAGACACCUCUACCCACACAAAGCACAAACACAUAGUCAAAUAAAACCAAGAAUGGAGAAACAACAAGAAGAAGUGAUUCUAUUAGAUUAUUGGGCAAGCAUGUUUGGUAUGAGGGUCAGGAUUGCACUUGCUGAAAAGGGUAUUCCUUAUGAAUACAGUGAACAAGAUUUAAGGAACAAAAGUCAGCUUCUUUUGGACAUGAACCCUGUUCACAAGAAAAUCCCCAUUUUAAUCCACAAAGGGAAGCCCAUUUGUGAGUCUAGCAUAAUUGUUGAAUAUAUUGAUGAAGUUUGGAAUGAUAAAGCUCCUUUGUUUCCUUCUGAUUCUUAUGCUAAAGCUUCUGCUAGGUUUUGGGCUAACUUUAUUGACACCAAGUUAUACCAAAUUGGGAGGAAUUUGUGCACGUUAAAAGGUGAAGAACACGAAGCAUCUAAGAACGAAUUCAUAGAUUGCCUUAAAUUGCUUGAAGGAGAGCUUGGCGACAAGCCCUACUUUGGAGGUGACAAUUUCGGGUACCUUGAUGUGUCUUUAAUCCCAUUUUAUUCAUGGUUUCAAGCGUAUGAAACCUAUGGGAAAAUCGACUUUGAACAAGAAUGCCCAAAACUGAUGAAUUGGGCCAAAAGAUGCAUUAAGAACAAGGAGAGUGUGUCUAACACUCUUCCUGAUAUGCAGGAGAUCUUGGCUUUUGUUCGGAGGAUGAGGAAAAUAUUUGGAAUCGAUGACUAGAACUCACAGCGAUGGAGAAAUAUUACUCGCAUGUUUUUUUCUUAGAAUAAAGAUUGCUGUACUAACAAUAGUAGUGUUAUUUUCGUAUGUAAUUCUAAUUUCUAUGCUUA